AUGGCUGGAGCAUAUUGGUAUAACUUUGAAAAUAUUUUAAGCAAUGAAAUUGAAAAACAAAAAUUCUGUUCUUGGUUCUGGAGUGGUGCAAAUGGAAACAGACUAAUACAAACACUAAAUUCGAAUAACAGCGAAUCAUCCGGUUCCAAAAUUCGCCGGCUAAAUGGUGGGUGGCCUUACAUUUACUGCGUUGUCCUCAAUGAUAAUGCUAUCCCGAGUACAGAUCCAUCCGGCUUAGUUCAGUGGAGGUAUUGCAAGGUUGGAUUAACCGAGGUGGACACAAAGCCAGGUACACAUAAUCGGAUGGAAACGGUUCAAAACGAAAUCACGAGGAAAACAGGCAGUCCAGCAGGGAUUAUAUUUGUGCUACCAGUGAAAGAUUUCGAUUCCCGACCAAAUAGUGUGAUCGAAAAAGACGUACGAGAGCAUAUUGGAUUGCCAGUGAACAAAGAAUUGGUACGUACUAUCGGUUUACCUUUUCUGACAGAGUGGGUCAUCACAACACAACCUUAUAUUAAUUAUAUUGGCAUGCAGAUCAAGAAAAACGCCAUGAGUGCGGGCAGACUAAUUGACACAGAUUUCAUUCUCGGAAUACCAAGAUUCGACCCAAGAGGAACUUAUCUACCACCGAAUCUAAUGAACUACAAUGGCGAAGUGGUACCUCAACCUCUGUAA